AUGGAAUUUUGUUAUUGCAUCAAAACUUUUAAUGCGUUAAAUUUGCAAUGGUCUAUUAAUUGCAACAAAAGAACGCCAGAAAGUGGAGCUGUGUUUUUGAAAAUUCGUUAUAUAUGGACACUUGCAUUACCUAUAGCAAUGUUUGUAGUAUAUAUUCCGAUAUUCUACAGUAUGCGUAACAAACGGACGAAUAUUGCGGAUAGAUGCAACAAUAACAAAUAUGACGAGAGGAAUAUGAUUGCAACAAACAAAUAUGAACGGAUGAUGUUGAUUCAAGCGGUAUUUGUUUGUGGUGCGAUAGAAAUUCAAAUUAUCUGUUUCAGUUUUCUGCCGAAGCUUGUCGUCAAACUGGCAGACAAAGAAGUUGAAAUUCUCGUCAAUAUUUUCAUCAACUGUUAUAUGAUUUUAAGUGUUACUGUGCUACCUACCACCAACUUAAUUUUCGUCAAACGAUUUCGUGAAAGCUUGAAACGGAAAUUUCUAAAAUUAUUAUCGAAAAUUAAAAUCGUGAAAAGAAUACCUACUGUGGCACAGUCUACUUCAAUAGCUAUGAGAAAAGUUCAUCCAGUUUCUCAUAUGAGCUGA